AUGACCGACGCGGGCAGCAGCAUGACCCCCAAGCAGCGCUUCCGGACGAUCGGCGCUUCCCGCGGCCAUGAGCUCACGAAGCUCAAGUAUGACAUCCAGGUCGAGACCUUGGAGAACGAGCUCAAGAAGCAAGGGCGUGCGCUGGACGAGUCGCGGGAAGAAGCCCAGCUGGCGGCGCGUAUCGGGAAGCGCCUCCUUGUCUCCAAGAAGAAGGCCGAGGACGACGAGAAGAUGCGUGUCUACGAGCUCGAAAAGCAAUGCGAGGACGCUACGAUGGAGGCCAAGGCAUGGGAGACGCGAUACGCGGAUAACAUGCGAGCGUUUGCGGCCCUCAAUGCCAAGCAUGUCACGGCAACGCGCGAGCUCGGAAUGCUGCGAGACCAGCACAGCCAGCUUUUCGUGGACCAUCGAACGCUUCGCGCCGAGUGCAAGAUUUUGCAAACCGAGCGCGACUCGCGUGCGAUCAUCGAGACCGCGCACGGGCUCGGUCUCAAGACGGAAAACGAAGAGCUGCGCAGCAAUAAUGAAAGACUGCGCGACGACAUUGCUUCCUGCCGUGUUCAAAUCAACGAGCAUCAAGCUCGCGUCGAGCUCUAUGAGCGCCACAUUGCGACGCUCAACUCAUCUUUCAAGAGCUUGGAAACCAAGCACAGCUUGAUGCUGCCGCGAUACCGGCUUUUAUGCGAAGACCAUAUCAAGCUAACCGAGUUUCUUCAAGCCAAAGUCGCCGAGUGUGAGACGAGUACUGCAAAAGCGAAUGAUCUGGCAAGCGAGCUGGCCAUACUCACGGACGAGCUUGAUCUCGCGAAGAGCCAACUGGGCGAAGAACGAACAGCCAAGCAGCAAUUGCUCUUGCACAUCAACCUCGCGAGCUCAGGGAGCCAGCCCACUGAGGCGAUGUCAUGGAGCGCCAUCUUGGCAAGCGAAGUGCAGACACGGGAGCUCCGAGAUGAAACGAAUGAUACGGCCGCGCGCUCGAGCUCCGACUACCUGAGUGAGCUCUUCGCAUAUCUUGAGCAAUCCGUCAAGACGCACACGUGGCUGCGCAAGCUGCCGCCCAAUGUCCUCAAGGUCAACGACGAAGCAGACCGCGCCGUGUUGGACGAGUUCCGAGCACUCGUGGCCUUUGAGGCGCGCAUCGUGCAGCAGCUCAUUGUGCUACUCCAAGGAACCACUGAAGGCCUCGCGUAG